CCUCAACCUCGAUUCAAUCAUCUUUCAAUACCACCAAAAAAUGGCAUCAUCACCUAUUUUGUUAGCUAUGGGAAACCCCCUUUUGGACAUGCAGGUCAGAGAUGGCGAGAAGCUUUUAGAGAAGUAUGGUUUGAAAUCAAACGAUGCUAUCCUCGCCGAAGAAAAACACAUGCCCAUUUACGCUGAGGUGACCGGUAUGUCACCUGUUUACGUCGCUGGUGGAGCUGCUCAAAACGCUGCGCGUUGCGCCCAGUACAUCUUGCCAGCGGGCUCGACCGUGUAUCUCGGUUCUGUGGGAAAAGACGAUUUGGCUGAACAAUUGAGGUCAGCAAACAAAAAAGAAGGACUUCAAGACCUUUAUCAAGUUGUGGAUGGACAACCCACUGGAGCUUGUGCUGUAGUUAUUACCGGGCAUGACCGAUCCCUUUGCACUCAACUGGGCGCGGCUGAAAAAUUCGCACCUUCUCACCUGAAGACCCCGGAGGUGUCAAAGGCUAUACAAGAUGCCAAGUUCUAUUACGUCGGCGGUUUUUUCCUUACUCAUGGUAUUGAAAGCACCCUGGAGCUCGCUGAGAUCUCGGUGAAGGAGAACAAAGUUUUCACAAUGAAUCUUUCGGCACCUUUCAUCCCUCAAUUCUUCAAAGAUAACGUCGACAAAGUGAUGCCUUAUGUUGACUAUCUCUUUGGAAAUGAAUCAGAAGCCGAAGCCUUCGCACAAGCUCACAGUUGGGAUACCACCGACUUGACAGUCAUUGCCACUCGCAUCGCUUCGCUACCCAAAAAGCUUACCUCACGACCCCGAGUGGUGAUCAUCACUCAAGGUGCCAAAGCAACCAUUGUCGCAUCCUCCAGUGUCUCACCAUUCCCUUCAUCGGCUCCCAUUCAAAAGAACGAUUCUGGUCACUACUUCAUUGUAGCAGUCUCACCACUAAGUGAUGAUCAGAUCGUCGAUACCAAUGGCGCUGGAGAUGCGUUUGCUGGUGGGGUGUUAGGUGCCCUUGGAUUGAAUAAGCCACUUGACAAUUGUAUUGAAAUUGGUCACAAGUUGGGUCAAAUGUGUGUAGGUCAAGUUGGACCUCAAUUGAAGUGGCCUAAAGUCCAAGUUGUUUAGAUUACCCUGUAUUGUGGACAUAUCAAUUGUACAUUUAUGGUGAAAGAAUUCAACAAUGCUUUCUCCAAUUAUUCAACUCU